GGGACAGCUAAUGUGUAACUGAGGUUAGGCAAUCCGGAGGAUAAAAUAGGAGCCCAGGUGCUCACUUGUGAUUCAACCCUGAACACAGAAGAACAGUGUGAGGUUCUUGCCCAAGGGACAGAGAUACACAGGUGAAGAUCCACGUCAACAUGAAACUUGGAGUCCUUUUGCUAUGUGUCCUUCUGUACCUUACCACUGGAGGCUGUGAUCGAGUAUAUGUUCACCCCUUUUAUCUGCUUUCCCCUAACAAUACUGAUGCCAACAGCUGUAAGGAGCUGGAAGAAAGAGAACAGCUGGUGAAGAUGUUUGUUCCCCUCUCAAUUGAAUCCCAUUUCACUUCAACAUAUGAAGAGAGUCUGAGGAACAAGAGUGAGGAAAAAGAGAAACACUUAGGCGUGACGUUCUUAAAACACCCCAUUUAUGUGGUUGGGGGCCGUUUUUACAAAGAGCUGAAGAAAAUACAUGGAGGCAGCAACAUUGUCCUCUCUCCUAUAUUCAUAUAUGAGUCUCUAUGGUCCAUUUAUUUAGGGGCUUCUGGACAAACAGCAACCCAUCUGCAGAUUUUAUUAGGGUUCAACCUGCCAUCCAAUGACUCAAGUUGUAUCUUCAAAAUAGAUGGACAUAAAAUUCUAUUUGCUCUAAAGAUUAUCCUGAAUGCCCCUUUACGCUCCAGGGACCCAGAGGGACUGUUUUUCUCCAAGUUUUUGUGCCUUUUCUCUGCUCCUGGUACCCAUUUAUCUGAGUCUUUUGUCCAUGAAUUGGCCUUUCCAGAUGUUAAUUUCCAUGUUCGAGCUGUGGAUUUCACCAACCCCACAGAAGCCACGAAACAAGUAAAUGCUUUUGUCGAAAGAAAGAGCAGACACAGAACCAAGAGUCUGCUGGCUGACAUUGAUCAGGAAACCACUCUGCUGCUGACAACGUACACUCAUUUCAAAGCUGUAAUAAAUGGAGCAUCCCCACUCAAAGAAUCUCAAGAAUUCUGGCUUGAUUCCCACACGAAGAUCUUUGUUCCUAUGAUGACAGUAUCUGGAAUCUUCGAGCAUAAAAGUCAUCCAGGAUUUUCCAUUGUUAAAAUUCCUCUCAACAAGAGUGUAUUUCUGCUGCUUUUACAGCCUAACAGUGAGCUACCUAGUGAUGAAGAUCUGUAUUCUUUGAUACCUUCUUUGGAAUGGCUUGAAGACUUGCAAUCAAAACAAAUUCACCUGACUUUUCCAAGGGUGUCUUUUACAAGCAUAUACAACCUUCAAGAACUCCUUGUGAAACUGGGGAUGCCUAAUCUGCUUGGAAAAGAAGCCAAUUUCAGAUUGCUAAGCAGUAAUAAUGUGACCAAUGUAAAGAUCAUAAAUCAGCAACUUUUUGAGCUCAGCCCCAGUGAAGGAGAUCAAGUAGAAGCUCACACAGAAGAACAUGCUAGCGAGACAUUUAAAAUAACAUUGAACAAGCCAUUUCAUUUCGCAGUGUGUGAAAAAGAAUCAGAUGCAUUGAUUUAUUUUGGCCAAAUAACAAAUCCCUUACAAGAAACAUAAAUUCUGGAUGGGGAAAAAUAGUUUUCUUUAAUCCUUUAAUUUUUUUCCUGUAGUACUUAGUUUUUAUGUUGUUGGUUUUUUGUCUUGCUUUGAAAACUAAUGCAUCUUUCUAAAAUAAAAGUGACAAAUUUAUCAAUAGAACUUUCUAAAAAAAUACUGCUGUUUACGUUGUGAUUAAUAAAGUGCUCACAUCUCAUAAGAUUAUUAUAAGAUAAAGUAGAUCAUUUUCCAUUUA